CCCAGGCUGGAGUGCAGUGGCCGGAUCUCAGCUCACUGCAAGCUCCGCCUCCCGGGUUCACACCAUUCUCCUGCCUCAGCCUCCCGAGUAGCUGGGACUACAGUAGAGACGGGGUUUCACCGUGUUAGCCAGGAUGGUCUUGAUCUCCUGACCUCGUGA